GCCGUGUCUACCUUGAAGCUAAAUAUAUCAAAGAGCCUCACCCCCUACAACGCCGUCAUCAACGAAGCUCUCGAAUACCCAAGUGAGGCCUCUCUAUCUGCACUCUUCCCCUCUCGAUACCCAGCAUAGAGAGACAACUCUAACAGAAUGAGCUCCCCAUUCUCCAUCAAUGGCGGCGCCUGCGUGGCCAUGGUAGGCAAGGACUGCGUCGCCAUAGCGUGCGACCUGCGCCUCGGUCUCCAAUCCCUAACCGUCUCCAACAACUUCCCCAAGAUCUUCAACUACGGCGACGUCUACCUAGGCCUGACGGGGCUGGCCACCGAUGUCAACACGGUCUCGGAUCUCUUCCGUUACAAAGUCAACAUGUACCGCCUGCGCGAAGAGCGCAACAUCUCCCCCUCCACCAUGGCCAACCUCGUCUCGAGCUCGCUGUACGAGCGCCGAUUCGGUCCCUUCUUCGUGAGCCCCGUCGUUGCGGGCAUCGACCAGAAGACCGGGAAGCCGUUCAUUUGCGGCUUCGAUAGCAUUGGCUGUAUUGAUUUUGCGAAGGAUUUUAUUGUCAGUGGCACGGCGAGCGAUCAGUUGUUCGGUACUUGUGAAGGUCUCUGGGAGCCGGAUUUGUCGCCUGAAGAUCUUUUCGAGACGGUUUCUCAAGCGUUGCUUAACGCGGUGGACAGAGAUGCUUUGUCAGGUUGGGGAGCUCAUGUCUAUAUCAUCGAGAAGGAUAAGGUCACAAAGCGGUUAUUGAAGGGCAGACAGGAUUAAGGAGUUAGCUGGGAUGGGGUGUUGGAG